AUGAUAGAAAACAAUACUUUGAUUAGUGUUUUUCGUUAUAAACAACCUCAGUAUCGACUUGGAGAGUAUUUGGUUGGAAUUGCAUUUGGAUAUUUGAUUUACACAAGCAACGGAAAGAAAUUAAGGCUUGGAAAAUUCAUCACUUUGUCAUGUUGGAUAUUAUCAUUGGGAUUUAUUGGAAUACACACUUUCACAAGGAUUUGGUGGACUUCUAACAGUACAAUAAAUCAUAUACUUCAAGCGACCCAUGUUGAAGCAUGGACAUGUUCCAUAUCUUGGAUUGUUUUUGCUUGCCAUGUGCUGAAAUCUGGAAGCAUUAUAAGAAAAUUUCUUUCGAAACUAACAGAUUUUAAUCAAAAAGUAUUUAUUGUCCGAACAUUAUCACAAAGGUUGCUUCUUUUCACAUCUGAUGUGAUCAUAUCUUUCAGCCUCGGUUUGAUUUUUUACUUACUGAUUGAAGCGCCAACAUCGACACUUAUUGGAAGAACUUUUAAAGCUAAGAAACAUUAA